ACUGGUUAUGGCAUAGCUUUCUGUCACUAAUACACCAUGAAAACUCUUCCAAACUAAAAACAUGUUAAAUUUGUAUGUACUAUCUAGAUGGGGUCAAGAGACAUAGACCCUGGAAGGCCAGGGACGCCACCACCUAGUGCUAGGCCAUUAAUUCUGGCCUUACCAGUCCAACGGUCACCUCAUGGAACUAUGCGAGUUCCCCCAAACGAACACGUUAUUGUACAUCGCACUGAUACUGGAAGGCUUCAGGCUAUACGAGAAGCGACAAACGAGAGACUUCAUUUUAAUGAGGAAGAUGAAGAUAGAGAAGAACCUCAAUUUGCGGUUCGGCACAACGAGUUUCUACUAUCUUCGCUAAUCGAGGACUUAGCACUAGAUUCAGGUAGUGAAAUCGACGAAGAUUGGGAAGACUACACCGAGGAUGAGUUACUUCAGAUUUUAGAAAUCGAUGAAGAGAAUGAAGAUGUAGAGGCUGAAGACGUAGAAAUGCUUCAACCAAAUGAAAGACGAGACAAUAGACCAUUCGUUUGGUCUGAAGACUUCGAUGAGUUUGCUGGGCUUGAAGAGAUGUAUCAGGAACAACCUGGCCCUACUAUCCAGGAAACGUCUCCCAUAGAUAUAUUUAAAAAUAUUUGAGACAGAGACAUAAUGGAAAUUAUAGUUGUAGAGACUAAUAAAUACGCGUGGCAAAUUAUCGUUCAGGCAUCUGAACACGAAAACGGUAUCACUCCUGCUUCGCGUCUAAACGAUUGGUUUGACACCACUGUGGAGGAGCUAUAUACAUUUUUCUCCAUAAUGAUGUUUAUGUCAUUAUGCAACAGAGGCAGGAUAGACGAAUACUGGAACACUGGAAUACUGGGAAUGCCAAAUUUUAGAAAAAUUAUGUCUAAAAAUAGAUUUUUAUUACUGCUGAGGUUCUUACACUUUGUAAAUAAUGACUAUCUUACAGAUAAUAUUCAUGGAGAUGAUAGAAAAAUAUUUAAAUUGGGUCCAAUAUUGGAACAUUGCAAUAGGAAAUUUGGAGAACUAUAUAUUCCCUGCAAAGCUCUGAGCAUCGACGAAUCGCUGUUACUAUGGAAGGGGCGACUUUCAUGGUUGCAGUGCAUAAGAACAAAAGCCGCAAGAUUCGGGAUAAAAUCGUAUGAUCUUUGUGAAGCCGAAACAGGAUACUUGCUGAAAAUGAUUAUAUAUACAGGAAAAAGACAAGAUGCAGAGCAAGACUUACACGGUUUUACUAAUGCCACAGCCAAAGUUGUACUUAGAUUAUCGGAUGGUUACCUUGACAAAGGUCAUUGCCUUUAUAUGGACAACUAUUAUAAUUCUGUCGGUCUAGCAAGGUUUUUAAAGCAAAGACGCACCGACGUUGUAGGAACCCUUAACCGACGCAGAAUAGAAACACCUUCACAGAUAAAGAACUUAAACGACCGUCGUCUACAACGUGGAGAAAUGGCUGCUGCUCACUGUGGGGACGUGACAGUAUUGGCCUGGAAGGAUGUAAAGUUGGUGUCCAUGAUAUCAACCUUUCACAAAAACGAUAUGACCCCAGGCCGCAGAGCAAACCUGGAAUACGACAAACCACUUGUUGUCCACAACUACAAUAAAUACAUGGGAGGAGUUGAUCUAAAAGAUCAAAAGAUUUCCAUGUAUUUAUUGGAGCGAAAAAGAGGGCUCAAGUGGUACGUAAAAGUUUUUAGACGUCUGCUCAACUGCAGCAUCCUUAACAGCUACCUUAUAUAUAAGAGCAAUGAGAGAGGACGAAAAAUGAACCAUAGGCAGUUCCGCUAUGCUUUAGCAGAGGCCCUAUCUUUGGAAAGAGCAUUGUUAAAUUCUUUUUGGUCCUGAGACGGAGUCCGAGAACGAGGA